AUUUCAAUUGCCAUUUCCAAUAUGAAGGUGUGUGAUGAACGUUUAAUUCGUAUAGUUUCAUUCUUUUUGGUUGAUUUUACCGUGUUUAAUUUUACUAGUUAUAAUAUCCGAGUUGAUGCAUUUAUUGUUCGUUGAGCGUUAAUCAACAUAAUUAAUUACGCAAAUAUUGUAAGAAUUUUAAAGUCCAUUUUGUCAAGACUGACAAAAAAUUGACAGUUGAUGACCGAAUAAAAUAGAAUUUUUAGAAGAUAAUCCACGUUUUGUAUUUAAAGGUCUUUGUUUUAAUCUAAAAAUUUGAGAACAAUAGUAUCCAAAUUUUAAAUAUAAAAGUUUGCAAUAAAUUUUAUUUCGGGAUGUUGAAGUAACAUGUUAUCUAGUAGUACUUCUGUUUACAAGCUCAAAUCUUCAAAGAGCUAUAGAGAUGUUCCGGAGGCUGAUUAUUCUCACUCAGAUGAGAGUGGUGAUCACGAGGUAACUGAAAGAUUUUCUAGUUUUUCUAGAGACAGAGGAUAUAGAGGUUCAGGUACAAGUCGGAACAGAACAAGAUCAACAGAAUUUAGACCUAGCAGAGGCAUUUCUAAUAGUACUAGAAGCGGAUUUAGAGGACGAAGGGGCGAUUCAGUUAGAAGAAAUGAUAGAGAGUACUCUGAUAACUAUUAUGGGAAUAGAAAAUAUGAAAAUAGUAGAAGUGAAGCCAGUGGAGGAUACAGAGGAAAAUGUUAUGAACCAGAAAAGAAAAUUGACAUUAAACUUAACCUUCCUGAGGAUACACGUAUUUCAAAGCUUUUAAGACGACUUAACAUUGAAACAAAUCAAGAUAAUUCUUUACAAAUAUCAAAAAAACUACUUGAAGUUUUGUUACUGCCUGAUAAUGCACCUUAUAUUAGGAAAGCAUUUCACAUUUUGGGAGAGUCCAUGUUUGAGAUUUUACAUGUCUCUCCAGGAAUAUUGGCUAAGCAACAGGCCGCCAGGGCUUUGGGCAGAAUGGGUUACAUAAUGGGACAAGAAGCUGAUUUUGAAAGGUAUUGCAACUGGCUUUUCGCUAAAAUGAAUUCAAGUAAUGAGAGAAUGCAAGUUUUGUUGAUGUCAUCAUUUAAAGAGACAUUUGCCUUGGAAUUAAAAAAACCCACUUUAGAAGAUCAUGUUGAGGCAGUAAUUAACAAUUUAGUAGCUUCAAUUGAAACUACAGAAAAUGCAGAGGUUUUUAAGGCAAUUUUGGAAAUUCUUGUAUUGAUAGUAGAGAUGUACCCAAAUGAGUUUUGUACUCAAUUUAAGGAUACAAUAGACUUACUUUUCGGGUGGCAUGUGGAUCACACCCAACCAUUAUCAAAUAUUGAAUUUAUAUCAAAAAGCUUACAAAGACUAUCACAUCAUUUUAAAUACAACAUCUACUUCUCUGUUUCACUUGUGGAAAAUUUUCUUGAGGACAUAACAAACUAUGGAGCAGAAUUAAAUGCACCUGAAACAUUAGAUCACGUAACAGUGUUAAUUUUAGCUUUAAAUACUGUUUUGAAAUGCCUGGAUAUUAGUUUCCAUCCUUCGAACAACAAAACUGUUACCACCGAGUUUAUCAUCACCUGUUUAGUUAGUGUUAUUAAAACUGUAAGCGAUGCUUUAGAUAGUUUUGUUCAUGAAAAUUUAGUUAUUGCCGCAAAUGAUUGUAUUUCUAUUUUGUUGGGUUACUUAGACAAAAAGCCUCAUACUUUAUGUAACUCGAUUUAUAAUUUAAUUGAUCUUCAGUUGACACUUAUUAAUGAUUUUUCCGACAAUGCUGUUAUAUCAAUGCUACUCUUAAUUGCAAAAGUAGUAAAAGAGCUUUCUACAAAUCUUCCUUUGGAAUUGAUAGCAAAGUUAAUAGGUCCCAAGAGUGAUAUUGUUAAGCUUCGAUCAUCUCCAUACAGUAAUAUUCAGAAUGCUGUUAUUUGUAUUUAUCAGUCGUUGUUAAAUUUGAAAAAUGUGUCUCUCUUACAAGAAGCCUAUAGAUAUGUGUUGGGAGAUCUAGAAAGAUUUUAUAAAAGAAUUGUACCAGAGUUUCAAGGUGUAGUCCAAAGCAAUCCAUUUGAGGAAGAGGCAGGAAAUGAUGAAUUAACAAUUUUGUUUUUGUUAAGAUGUCUUUCUCAGUUAGCUAACGCUAGUUCUAUUAUUGUAAUGUGGGCACUGAAACCCAGUAUCUUGGAGUUGGUUGGAGUAAAUGUGUGCCCUCAUGAUCCUCUUUUAGCUAAAAAGUAUCCACAUAUUCAGUAUAGUCUCCUGUAUUUAUUAUUUGCCCAUUGUAAAUGCUAUAAUCAUUUUAUUUCAAAUAGUAAUCUGGUCACCACUAAACAGGAGGUUAAUAGAUUUGCAUUAACUGAAGGGCUAAAUAUUAAUGAUGUGCCCAGUACCUCCCCAAACUCUGGCAAUUUUGCUGUCAUUUUAGAAGUUCUGUAUAGAACUUUAAAAACAGAAACCUCUCCAGAAGUCACACUGUUGUUAUUGCAGUGGCUUAACGAUAUCUUGCUGAAUUCAGAAAGUUAUUUAGAAUCCUUUUACUUGAACGAGAAAUUUGCAUUAGUCACAGAAGUUCUUGUGAAAUGUGGGUACCAUUUUAAUGUUCAAAUUAUUGAAGCCGUUUGUGACAAUUUGGAAAAGCUGCUCAGCAAUAAACAACUGGCAUGGAGCAAUAUAUUUUUAUCCAAUGUUAGUGACUUGUGCAAAUUGCACAUGACAUCAAAUUAUCACUCUGUUAAAGAAAAUUACUCCAAACUGUCUUCUUGCAUACCUUGGGACGUAGCUGUAGUGGAAUUUAACAAGGUCCAAAAUAUAACCAAUUUCAAACAGAAGACCUGCAGUUCCAAAACAUUCAAUAGUUAUAUGAUUUACGUAGCUCAAAGUUUACAUCUUAAUGGAUCAGUAGAUGGAGAAAUGUACCCAGAGCAAUUUAAGAAGUUCAUGGGAAUUUUACUAGCUAAAAGCAAUGGUGAAGCUGAACUUUUAGAGGAUAUAUUUACAUCUUGUUGGACUCAUGAUAGUGAAACUCUAAUGAACAUGGAACUUUUUUAUGAUCUAGCUAUGGGAUCUAAGCAGGUACUCAAUAAUUGGUGUACCUUAGAGGCUGCACAGUAUUGUGUCAAUUACAAAUUGCGUACUCCACUGGGAAAACCCAAUGAAACUUUCAUGAAAAUAGAGUACGCUUUAAAUCAACUUGGUAAUGAUUUGAUAAUGAUGAAGAAAACCAAUGAUAGACUCAACGAAAGAGACGGGAAUAGAGUGAGAACGUUGCUUCACUUUAUUGAUCAUUUAGCUAAAUCAAUUUACAAUGCUUCAGAGGGUUGUGCAAUUGCUAUGCCGGCGGCAAAUAAGGCAGUGAGAUCUUUUUUUGUUGCCAAUACCAACACGUGCAAUGAAUGGCUGUCUAGAAUUUCUAUGGUGGUGAUGCAUAUCGCAUUGCAUUGCGGCGAGAGUAGUAUUGCUUUGAAGUACGGCCAGUGCGCAUUACGCGACAUGGUAGCGCAAGGAAAGGCUGCGACAACUGAAUUUGAACGGGCCGCGAUGUUUGUGACGCUAGCAUUGCUUAAUCUUAAAGAACCUGAGGCUUUAUAUGGGCUCUAUACAUGGUGCAAGGUGCAUACUGGAAAGAGGUACAUAUGGAUUCGCGGAGCAGCUGAACAAGCGUCGAAGAAAUACGAAGUUGCUGCAGAGGGCUACAAGAAGAUAUUGCAAGAAUCAGUUUUAGAAAAGGAAGACAAGAAAUUAGAUCAAGACGUUUAUAAUUUCAUCCAGGAUCAAGUAAUUGUGUGCUAUAAAGAGUUAAAUAACUGGAUGGAACUGUUUGAAUGGAAUGAAGAGAAUCAAACUAGCGGGCUAGAAAAUGGAAAAAAAUAUUGGUUUAAUACAAACGAUUGGGAAUGUAAUAAAAAUCUUUAUGAAUUUGAAUCCGACAAUCAAGCUGUGGUUGAAUUGGGCACAUGGAAAAUUAAGGAUGAGAACUCGACGUGGAGUCUUUAUGAGAACCUGACAAUAACUGAAACUAACAUUUACAAUAUAGCUUUGUCCCUGGCAUCGGGUACCGACGAUCAAAUUAUAAACAACAUCGAUAAUAGUUUGGAAGCUAUACAGAAAAACGUUCAAGACUUGCUUCCUUUAGCACCAUCAGAGUUUUUACAAAAUUACUCUGUGCUUCAGUAUGUAGGGAUGGGCUUGAGACGUGUAGCAGAAGGCUCGCCCGCUCACACUGUCUUUCUAGUCUCAGAAAAUUUUGAGACUGAAAUCAAUAAAGUUGACACGUCCGUACUGCGAAAAAUUCUGUGGUGGUCGGAAUAUUUUGGCAAAGUUCAAAACCAAGGAUUCAACAUAUUCUCCAGCAACUUGAGGUUGCACAUUAUUAAGAGAGCAAGAAAAGAGAAGAACUUUGGUCUCGCUACCCGUCAUAUAUUUAAAUUCUUUAAAGAUAAAGGUGUAGAAUUUACAAGCGAUAUUUUAAGCGCCUUUAACAUGGAAAAAGUCUCAGAUAUUAAACUUUGGACGUUAGAUACUGCUAGAGCUAUGUGCGAAGUUAUAAAAGUUUGUCACGCAAAUGAAGAUUCGCGCCAGAUGGCAUUUAAUCUUUGCGCGUCUGUUUCUACUACUAUUUCAAAAUACGCCGAAAUGUACGGUAGUAUGGAACAUCGCAAAAUUAGUAGCAAAAUACUCCUGAAACUUGCAGGGUGGCUGCAGAAUAAUGAUAGUGUUAACAUUGCAGAAAUGAAUAGUCCUCUAGGAAAACUUGUAAUGGUACUUCCAGAAAUUGGAAUGAUGGAAGGUCCAACAUCUAAUUUUAUACCAUUAAACGAAAUGGCCAUAGGAAAACUGUUACAGUUCAGCGUACAACAAUGUGUUAGUUUGGCAAAAAGCUGGAACGCUUUUGGGACUUGGUGUUACAAAUGGGGCAAAAAAGUUGUUGAUCAUAGUUCAGAUAUAAAAAAUAACUUAUCCGAAGAACACUGUUUGGAAAUUAAAGCCCUGUUGCCUUUCGAAACUCCAGAGGAGGACUUAACGAAAAUAUUUUUAAUUUUGUCCCAAACCAGAGCCGUUAUCGACGAGGAGGACAUUGAUUCUAACGAGAUAAACACGUCCGAUAGGAUACAGACUCAACUUCUAGCAGUAGAAGCACUGAAAAAUGCAUCGGAAGAACAGUUUCGAAGUUUGGUUCAAAUUUGGAGAAAUACCCAAAAGAGAAUUUAUUACUAUUAUGCUUUAAGCGCUGAAGCGUAUUUCAAAUAUUUACAUUUGGUUACGGUACCAGAAAAUAUAACUAGGAGCACCGAAUGCAAUACCAUUACCAUAACUUUAAGACUACUGCGACUUAUAGUAAAAUAUGCUUUAGAACUACAAAACAUUUUGGAGGAAGGCCUACAAAAGACGCCAACUCAACCGUGGAAGGUGAUUAUUCCGCAGUUAUUUUCCAGACUUAAUCAUCCAGAAAAUUACGUUAGACAUAGAGUAUCGGAUUUGCUGUGCCGCGUUGCCGAAGACGCUCCACAACUUAUAACAUUUCCCGCUGUUGUCGGUGCUCUCGAGGGGGGCGUUAAGUUUGAAUUUGGCGAUAUCAAGUUGCCUAAAGAUUGCCUUUCUCAAAAUAACGAAGAUGUAGAGGAGAACGAUUUGGAGAACGAAGAAGAUAAUUAUGACAGUGAUACAGAGGAAGUUGUUAAUAAUAGCUUACAAGCUUGCUUUAAAACCAUGGUUGAUACUCUUAGCAAACAAGAUCCGGAGACUAUAUCGCAAGUUCAGACGUUAGUUAAAGAACUGAGGAGGAUAACUCUGUUGUGGGACGAGUUAUGGCUCGGAACUCUCGCUCAGCAUCAGUCGGAGAUCACCAAGCGACAACAACAGCUAGAGUAUGAAAUCGAGAAGGUAAAUGAAAACGCCAACCUGUCGAAAGAAGAAAAAACGUAUCUGAUUGUGGAAAAGCAUCGUAUAAUCAUUAAACCGAUUGUUUUUGUGUUGGAGCAAUUGCAUGACGUUACAAGUGUCGAGCCCGAGACGCCUCACGAGAAACACUUUCAGGAGAAAUACAUGGACGACAUAAAGGAAGUGAUCGAAAAACUAAAGAAUCCCGAUAGCCCAGAACGACCGCAAGACUCCCUAGCUCCACUGAAACAGCUACAAAAGAAGUUCCAACAGAAAUUCCAUAAAAGAGCUUCGUAUUCUUUGAGAAUGCAAGAUAUUUCGCCUGUACUGCACGCGAUUAAAGACACUCUGAUCGCUAUGCCUGGUUUGGCGUCAAGUAAAAAGAACGUUACUAUAUCUCACGUCAACAACAUAGUUACUAUUUUGCCGACUAAGACCAAACCAAAGAAGUUGAUAUUCAUUGGAUCUGAUGGACAGACAUACACGUAUUUAUUUAAGGGCUUAGAAGAUUUACAUUUGGAUGAACGAAUAAUGCAAUUUUUGAGCAUAGCCAACACGCUGAUGGCUCAGAACGCUGAUCCGGCUGGUCAUAACUAUUACAGAGCAAGACACUAUUCAGUAAUUCCAUUAGGACCAAGAUCUGGUCUUAUUUCAUGGGUGGAUGGUACUACACCGAUAUUCGCUUUAUACAAGCGUUGGCAGCAAAGGGAAUUGGCGAAACCAAAUGCAAAAGGUGCGGGAAAUACAACUACAGUGCCUCGACCUUCCGAACUGUUUUACAACAAGCUUAUCGAACAUGGCGUCAAAAACAUCGAUAACCGCAAAGAGUGGCCGACGGCCGUUUUGAAAGAUGUUCUGACCGAACUUAUGGCCGAAACGCCUAGCGACCUCCUAGCCAGAGAACUGUGGUGCAACGCCGUAUCGGCGAACGCUUGGUGGCAAGUGGUGAAGAGGUAUUCGUACAGUGUGGCAGUCAUGAGUAUUAUUGGUUAUAUUAUCGGAUUGGGCGACAGACAUUUGGACAACAUGCUGAUUGAUCUGACAACCGGGGAUGUCGUGCAUAUUGAUUAUAACGUGUGCUUUGAGAAGGGCAAGACUUUGAGGGUACCGGAAAAGGUCCCUUUCAGACUUACGCCGAAUAUAAGGGAUGCUUUGGGAGUUACAGGGGUUGAGGGAAUAUUCCGACUGGCAUGCGAAAACGUGUUGAAAACCAUGCGCAAAGGCCGCGAAACUUUAUUGACCCUAUUGGAAGCGUUCGUCUACGAUCCGCUGAUAGAUUGGACCGUGGGCGGUGAGGUACUAGCUGGUACUUCUUUCGGCAGCGUUGCCAAAUCGGCCGAAUCAGGACGUAGACAAAACAAGAAGGAAUUGGAGAAAGAGGUGACUUUGGCGAUGUUCAAGGUGCGCUGUACGGAGAUGAAAAUCGAAUGGCAAGAAAAUAAAGAAGAGAUUGUUAACGAAAUCCCCGGCUUAGUGGACCAUUUUAACUCCUGUCUAGCUUUAACUGAAGAUCUAGAACAAAUAGAGGACGAGCUUCAAGACCUGCAUCAACAAUUGGCUUUAGUUAAAGAAGCCGAAGCUCAGGGUCCGAAAAAACAUUCAUUAUACAAGCUUCCUUCUCUAUAUGAUAACUACGUUAAGAGUCAAGAAGCAAUGAAUACUGCAAGAAAGGGUCUGUGUGACAUAAUCACGGAAUGCGAGGGGCAUUCUAAAACUUUCAAUAAGUUAUUGAAUUCGUAUGAGAAACAGCAAUUCACUCAGUGGUUGAAUGAAUUGAAAUUUAACGGGACCGAUGAAACUAUGCACGUGUUUGAUUUAGUAAAAGAAUUUCUGCAUAACGCUGGCAAAGAUGACGUAAUAUCGGAGUGUGAACAGUCCGAAGCUGAGGUGGCUAAGUUAGCGCAGCAUCUCAACAGACAAACCAGAAAAUGCAUCCAGAGUUUCCAGGAUUACUUUUCAUUACUAAUACAAUGUCCAAAAUCUUAUAUCGAGAACCACCGUACCAAUCUUUUCGCCGAAUGGGCGAACUACCUUUUGAAAACCAAAAGUACGGCCGGUUGUGACAUCGUCUUCGAGAAAUUCCGCAAUUUCCUCGAGAGCAAAACGCAGAACUGUCCUCACAUUAUCCACGUAGCCUUCACUUUGGACGCAUAUUACAAAGAAACCUUGGUUCAAGUCAACAAGCUUUUCGACGAGCUGGCCACUAUCAGGACAAAAGAUCCUCCCAGUCCGUUGGAGACGCUCUACGCCAACGCCAAGAUCAACAUCGCGUCGUUUUUGGGCCAGGAAAAAGGGGCGGAGAACGCUUUGAAGUUCGUCUUGGCCGGGGAAUUGUUGCUGUUGAAUCGAAACUUCUUGACUCUGGAGAUAGCGGCUCAGCGAAGCGGGGAUUGGUUGAUCAAGUUGACUUCUAGAGACGGUGAUUGGUUUUUGGACGAUCUGCUACUGCACAGCACGAAAGCUGUGGAACUGGUUAAUAAUGUGCCUUUAAGGCAAGAAGUUGACGAUGCAAGGUUCUAUCAAAUAAUUAACGGUAUUAAAGUUUCCAACAACGUUUACAAAGGACUUUACGAUCUAAACUUCAAUUUCCACACCAUAAUUCUACCAGAAACUAUGAAAAAGGUGCAAGCUGACGAAGAGAGUGUCGUUUCAAUGAUCGACGAACUAAAAUCUAUUAUCGUCGAAGCAGAAAUGCCCGUGGUUGAAAUGGUGGCCCAAUUGGAGAAGCUUUUGACCUGUGUUUUGAUGCACGUUGAUGUACACACGAAGUAUGAUUUGGUACUGGAGAAAGUAACGAGCAUCAAAAUGAAGUAUUUAGCUUUGAUUCCGAAUCAGUCAGAGUCUUUAAGUCACGGAAAGAUGCUUUUGAUGGGAUUCAACGGAUUAUUUGAAAAAAUCAAUCAGGAAAUUAACAAUUUAGUGUCCACUUUAGGAGGCCUAGAUAUACCCAAAGCAUGGAAGAAGCUCGAUCAUGUUAAAGACGCUAAAAAUAUCUCCCCGCAUAUUUUUAAUCCGCAGAUCAGAAACAUUUUAGAAAACAUAUUUUUCUUGAAAAGAAUCGUGGCGAUAUCAGAAUUCUUUAUGCUGGCUCGGGAAAUGAGUCGAAGCAUCAGCUGUACCGGAAUAUCAGCUGUACCGGUCGUAUAUACCGAUGAACAGCUCACUAAACCGGUGAAACAGUUCAUUGCAGAAUUUAUUUCCAGACAGCUAUUGGGAGUGACACCUGAAACGAUCACUUACGCUAUCUGUUUCAUUUUACAACAGCUUGAAUUGGACGUGUCUCACGAGAUCGAACAGAAAGAUAUCGGUGCCGAGAGCAAAGUCCCGUUAGACGAACUAUAUCACAAGGCUUAUAACGUGUUGUUAAAAGACAACGCUUUUACUGCUAAUAUAGUUUCGCAGGCAUCUAGUUUAGAAACUAACCUUAAAGUGGCUUGGGACAAGAUUCAAGAACCGAAAAAGAUCGAACAAAAACUUGCAGUACUACAGUCGAGCGCUUUUAGACUGCAAAGUCAGUUAGCCGUUCAUAACUUGAUGUUUGACGAUGUGUUGGUGAUGCAGAAUUUUAAAUCUGUUCGAGCCAAGUUCGUGGUGGACAUGCAGGCGGAAUUUGCCGGAUUACAAGCUACGUGCAAGCAGUUGGUCGAGGCGCGAGAGAAACAGCAGAAACUUGUAGAAAAAGCCUACCAGAGACUGAAUUGGGCCAAAGGCGCUAAUCCAAACGUGGUGGAAAUCUUAGAAGCUUUCGAAACUGCGAUUAAAACUAGAGACGCUUGUUUAGGCGUAGAACAGAAAAUUUCUAACAAUAUUCUCAAUGCUUACGGUGUUAUUUUGCAGCACGAAUUGCUCAGAACCAGCACGUUAGAGUCGACGAAAGAAUAUGAUCAUCUUUUCCUCAAUUGCCGCGAAAAGUGGCGCGUUGCUUGCCAGUUUUGCGAAUCGAAAAACGAAAACCUACUUCCGGCAGAAGAAAGGAUCUUAGAUAUGCUUACCCUGGAUCUAAUCAAAGACCCUAAAUGGCUACAUCAAGUAUCUAUCCAGAUAACCGACAUCAUCAGUAUGUAUCAAAAGAAACUAGCCGACAAGAAAGCGAACGUGUUUUCCAAAACGGACAACCUAAUGCUGUUAAUGAGCAACUUUAAAAACAUCUACAAUAUCCAUACGAAAUUGAUGCAAGACGUCAAAGGAUUGCUUAAAACGAUGACGAAGAUAGAAGACUAUGGCGUGGCGACCCAGUCAUUCCUCCACGACUACAGAAAAUAUGUGGAGCACUUUAAUGUAUUGUUCAGUUCUUUUAAGGAUCAACAUUUGGAUAAGAACUCGGUGAUGGAAAUGAUGGGUCGUCUGAAAUUUAUCGACGACCAUACGGAGAAUAUUUACGAAGGAGUGUUGUCGCUUCAGGAGAGGAAAGAUUUUAAUAGCAAGGCUCCAUUGCGACGGCAAAGUUGCGUCGUAAAUGAUGAGCAACCGCGAGCCGAGAACAAGGUUCAGCAAAGGAACGCAUACGCCGUCAAUGUGUGGAGACGGGUGAAGAUAAAAUUGGAAGGUCGAGAUCCCGACCCUGGUAGAAAAUGCACUGCCCAAGAACAGGUUGAUUAUGUGAUUCGAGAGGCAACCAGCUUGGAUAACCUCGCCCUCCUGUACGAGGGUUGGACGCCGUGGGUGUGACCCGAGCGUCGUAAAGUCGCGCCCCUGGGCUGACGGUCCGAAGGGGUGCGCGCUGGCUCUCACACGUCAACUAAACAAUCGAGCGGAACGGAGGCGGGACUGUGGCCAAUUAACGGGCGCACACGCCUACCGACCACCCAUAGUAGAGCGCGAGAGGCGCGGCUAAGCUGUCGACUGGGCGGGCUGCUCCGCCCUAUAACUUGUAUUGCGGGCGCGGGCAUAUUCAUUCACUCCGCCCAUUUUACUGUUAUCGGGGGACGGGGAACUUGUGCCCGAUCGGGUACGGAAAAAUGAUGUUUUUCACUAGCCGGUCUAACGCACGUUCCCCAUCUUUUUGUCACUUUAUACGUAAGGGAGGAAAUUCAAUAAACGGGGCCACACACCCUUAUUGGUUUGGAAGUCGUAUUGGCCAAUAGCUGCUUGGAGUCGAAUAACAAUAUAUAACUAAUCGCGCUUAUCAGUUCAUUUGUCUUUGUCAGAGAUUGACAAGUAGAAGGUCUACGAUCUUUGAAAUAUUCUGAAAAUUUAAAUGUUCCACGCCAAAACUCCAUUUCAUCGGGAUAAAUGUUUAAAAAUAUGGCGUUUCAUCACUGAUUUUAACCGUUGACUUUUAACUGUUAAAAUGAUAUAAUUAAUUACUUCUAUAUGGUGUUUAGAUUAAAAAUAUAUUAUAAUAAAUGCUGUUUGAAACCUCUACUUCGCUACUGAAUUUACUUAAAAUAUUUUCUUUUUCAAAAUUUCAUACUUUUUUUAGCUAAUUUUAAUUUUCCAAACUUUCAGAUUUUUAAUUAAUUGGAUUUUUUUGGUUCUUUCAGGCACAAUUAAAUGGUGUAUUAUCUGUAAUAAAUUUCCAAAUAAUGUUCUUUGUUGCCAAAUUUAUGUUAUAUAUUAUAUCCAGUAGGGUGUUUCAAAAUAAAAAAAAAUGUUUUUCUUAUGGUGUUGAAAAGUUGAAAAAAGAAAACAAGUAAAGAAUAUUUUUUAUUUUGAAACACCCUAAUAUCCAGUUUUUAUUUCCUAUUCAUUGCAAAUUUAUAUAAAUCCUGAUACUUAGAGAGGUACACCAAUUAAAAUAGGCAUUAUUUCCAAAUUUUACAGUCAACGUAGAUGUUUUAGUGUAGUCCUACUAAUCCAGACAAAUAUCUUUCACUUAAUAGUAAUCAAGUAUAGUUAAGAUUUUUCUUUUAAACAUAUUUAAAUUAGUAUGUCUGUGGUUUGAGUUAUAGAAUGGUGACAAGCAUAAUACAGAAUGGCUUUAAGAUGAAGAGGGAUUAAAUGUAUGGAGUUAUGUAAUAAAAUGAUUUGUGGUUGUUACUAUUCGAUAACAUUAUUUAAAAAAAUAAAAUAGACUAAUUGUA